UGUCUUUUUUUAACUGUCAUGUGACAAAGUCAACUCAUAUCGACGUGAUAACGGAGUUUACAGGCCGAUUAAAGAUAAAUCUGCCUAUAUAUUUCUGACGCUGGUUGUCUCUGCCUCUGUCAAAUCAGUGAAUUUGUUUAUCAUUUAAAAAUUCACUGGUAGAUCUAGAUCUAGUGAUCUAGAAAUCUAGUUGCAUUAGGUUGCAACGUUAACAUUCGCCACCAUGAAACUAACGUUUGUGCUCUGUUUAUUAUUUGUCGCUUUUGUUGUUGAAACUUCAGCGGAGCUGCGAAGAAUUAAACUUCAAAAAGUGAAAACAGCUAGACGAACACUUCAGGAGCAUCAAAAUAAUGUUGAAUAUUUGCUAAAGAAGUACCAGGUUUAUAACAGAUUGGAUAGACCUGGCUAUGAGCCAUUAAACAACUACUUAGAUGCCCAGUAUUAUGGUGUGAUUGGUCUUGGAACUCCUGAACAAUCUUUCAAGGUUGUUUUUGACACUGGAUCAUCUAACCUUUGGGUGCCAUCCAAAAAAUGCAAAUGGACUGAUAUUGCCUGUUUGUUACACAACAAAUAUGACAGUACCAAGUCUGGCACUUACCAGCCCAAUGGAACAAGCUUUGCAAUCCAGUAUGGCACUGGGAGUCUGACAGGAUUUUUGAGCACUGAUGUGCUGACUAUUUCUGGUCUGAAGAUCCAGAAUCAAACCUUUGCUGAGGCUGUGACUCAGCCAGGCAUCACAUUUGUUGCUGCUAAGUUUGAUGGUAUCUUGGGCCUGGGCUACGACACCAUAUCUGUUGAUGGAGUUGUUCCGCCAUUCUACAGGAUGGUACAACAGAAGCUAGUGGACGCACCAGUGUUUUCAUUCUUUUUGAACAGAAAUCCCAAUGCUUCUGAAGGAGGCGAAAUUGUCUUUGGUGGCAGUGAUCCAUCCCUCUAUGAAGGAUCCUUCACUUAUGUACCUGUCACUCAGAGAGGAUAUUGGGAAUUUAAAAUGGACGGCCUGACAGUUCAGACAACUAAAUACUGUGACGGAGGAUGCAAUGCCAUUGCUGACACUGGCACCUCUCUCUUGGCUGGGCCCAGCUCUGAAAUUGAGAAACUGAAUGCCCAAAUUGGUGCCACCAAGUUUAUUGAAGGAGAGUACCUUGUUGUCUGUGCCAAUAUUCCCAAGAUGCCAAAUGUGACCAUUACCAUUGGAGGAAAGCAGUUUUUACUCACACCCCAGCAGUAUGUGCUCACCGUGACUACAAUGGGCCAAUCACAGUGCAUUAGUGGCUUCAUAGGAAUGGAUGUCCCACCACCAAUGGGACCUCUGUGGAUUUUGGGUGAUGUUUUCAUUGGUCCCUACUACACUGAGUUUGACUUGGGAAACAACCGCAUUGGCUUUGCACCCACCAAGGAUCCAACUGUUAGCUCUAAAAGUCACUUUGGUGGAGAUUUCUUGCUGAACAAGUUUAGAUCACAGAAGAAAAAUGGAGUAUUUAACAUGGGUGUUGAGGAAGGAUACUAGUGUAAAUUGUUUUCUUUGAAAAAAGAAAUUUAGACAUUCACCAACAGCUUAAAAAAUUAAUUAGAAACAAAUUUACCUUUUUUUCAUACCAGGAACAGAAUUUAAUUAAACAUAAGCAAUUAGAUCUUAGCAGAUUUUUUUUAUGAUUUUUGUAAUUAGCUUAAAAAAAAAAAGACAGCUUCUGUUCACUCUUUUUUCUUAAAUUUAAUUUUCAAGUAUUAAUGUUGUACACACGAGCACAUUUUAUGUGCAGAAUUUAUUUGCACUAGUUAGUGAGUGAUUAUUGAUCUCACCUGAGUUUAUUUUCAGAUUUGAAACAUUUUAAUUGUAAUCAUUCCAUCUUUGUAUUGUUUCUUUCAACUUUUGCUGUUGCAUAAUAGAAAGAUUACCUCACAAUCUGCAAGAAACAUCUUCAACAUGAAUUCUUUGUUUUGAAUCAACAUUUAAAAUAAUGUAAAUACAAAGUAGCAGAUUGAAAUGUAUUGUGCCUUUUACUUUCUUAGCUUUCACAGCUUGUUGCUAUCGUUGAAAUUGUGUGCUUUUCAUGUAGGUUAGGAAAACUACUUUUAUAUUGAAAGCAUGAGACACAACAGUGGCAAUUAUAAUUAGUUUAAGCUUGCAAUAUUAUUAAUUCUUGUCUGAUAACAGCUUUCUUAAAUUAAUAAAAAAAAUUGUGUGGAAAAAAGUG